AUGGUCGGGGCCCUGCCGCUUCUCUUCACAUCCUUGCAGGAAGACUGUGGCUUCUUGAAGCCUGCCUGUGCAGGAGAAUUUUGCAAAUUGCCCAUGGCUUUGUCACCUGUGGGAAACGACACAGGCCAUCUUACAAACCAGCCUGCUUAUCAGGAGCGGAGUGGGAUCCCAGGGGCUCUGGCUCCUGGUGCAGCAGAGGUGGUGGGAGCACUCACCUACCGCCUCCUGUGUACCAGCCCUCAGACCAGCGCCACGGAUAAACUCUACCCCAACUCUCUCAGUAGCAAUCCCAUGAGAGCCCGGGACGCCUGCUCUGGCCAACCUGCAGACUUGGAUUCAUCUUUCAAAACCAACCUCCGCCCCCUCACCUUUUCUGCUAACCCUCCUGCCAAGCUGAAGAGCCCUGAUGUUCCCUUCCCGUGGGGAGAUAGCACGUCCCUCAUGUCCCUCACGCUGUGUCAGCACGCAGAAUUCCCCUGCAGGCUCGCCUCUGUGAGCAGCCACAGGAGCAAGGAUUCCACCCGGCUGCACCCAGCUGGCACCCAGCUGGCACCCAGCUGGCACGUGCGGCGAGGGUCUCGUGACAGUGGACACCGCAGGCGCCGCUCAGGGCUGACACGUGGAGGCGCUCAGGGGCCCGGCAGUCCCGCUACACGCAGGGGCGGCCUCCCCUGGACACUCGCGGCUGGCUCCGCCUCCGGCCUCGCAGGCCGCCCCGCCCACCGCAUCCUGCCUGGGUCGGAGCUGCGGGGAGCCCGAGGUCCCGCUCAGCAGGCUGUGGCACGGAAGUCGCAAUUCGCGUGUACAGGGUGUACCCCGUGCCCGGCACUGUUCUAA